AUGGACAGAAACACUGACAGAGAUCCACAGAAGCAACUGAACCAGAAGACUAUGAAUGACCUCACCCAAAACUCACAGGAUGGAUUGCUGGUUACACAUGUUAACCAGACCCAGGACUUACUGCAGCUGCAGGAAAGUGAGACCCAGAUGUCAGCUCUGGAAGACUCUGAAGAUUGGCUUGCAACACACAGUUUAAAGUUUGAAAAACUCACCUUGGGUGACCUGAUAAACCAGGGCACAAUUGAGCUGGAGGAGCGUAACAAUGCUGUGCCCAAAGUGCAUUUCACCACCCAGGCCAUCCACCACUUUAAAUCAAGGCUUUCUGACACUCUUGAACUCUAUCAGCAGAGGCUGCAGUGGCUCACAGAGAACAGCAAGAAGGCAUUUGGCCUCAUCAAGGGAUCAAGAGUGGGCCUCCUCAUAGAUUCGUCGCAGGUCAGCAGUGGCCCUCAGACAGAGGAAUUCCAAAACGACCUCACAAGUCUCAUUGAUGAGCAGCUGAGCCUCAAGGAAAAACUGUAUGUCCUGUCCUUUGGUGUCACCGCCAACCCGCUCUGGCAGGACCCUGUGGAAGUCAGCACUUCCACCCUCAAGGAACUCAAGCUCUGGGUAAAGACACUGCAGCCUGAGGGAAGCAGCAAUCUGCUACAAGCCUUGAAGAAAGUCCUUGCUCACAAGGAGCUGAACUCUCUGGUGACCAUAUUGAGAAGCUGUCCAGAUCAGCCUUCUGAAUUUCUGUCUGACUUCAUCCAGCAGUCCACCCUGGGACGGAGCCAAUUCAUUCAUGUAACCACCUACAGAUGUGAUGAUCAUGUGCCCUCUGCUGUUCUGAAGAACCUCACAGAUGCCCUUGGGGGUUACUACCACUGCUACAGCCCAGAAUCAGAGCUCUAUACCAGUAGGGACGUUGAUGAGCUCCUGGCAGAAACCCACAAGGCUCAAGACCUCCUCAGGCAGGUGCAAGCCCUGUGCCAUAGCGACCCAUGUGAAGAGCUGUCCUACAUGAUCAAAGAAAUCUCGACAGAGAUUGCCAAAGGGCCGUUCACCAGCCUCCUGCCUAAGCCUCCAAAGCAUGAAGCACCUCUUACAAUCAAGUUCCCAGACUUGGACAAGACUUCUGCAGAAUGGCUAAAGAUCAAUGGUCUAAAAGCCAAGAAGUUAAGCCUUUAUCAGGUUCUGGCACCCAACGCCUUCAAUCCUGUGGAAGAAUUUGUGCCUAUUCUCCAGAAAACAGUAGCAGCUACUAUCCACGAGGUAAUUCAAUGCCAGCUUCUCUCCAGUCCGCUGCAGGUUGCUCCCUGUGCUGCUUCCUAUCCUGUUAUGUUUGGAAGCACAGUUGAGAGCUGGAGGCCAGAGAUGGUUGCUGUGAGCCAUGAAAACUUACAAAGAGCCUGGCGGUGGGCCCUGGGCCUGCAGUGUCAAGGAAGCAGAAAUGUUCUCGGAGCCCUCCGGAAGGCCAUAGAAGUGGAUUUCAAGGACAAAACCAAACAUGAGUCUCAGGGCAUCUACCUCUUCACAGGGGGUGUCCCUGACCAAGAUGUGCACAUACUCAGCGCCUAUGUGGCAGAGGCCUGUAGGGGUUGCGACCUCCAGCUAAAUGUCUGUCUCUUCUAUGUGGGCGAACCCCAGAUGGACACCACACCCCCUGCCUGCUAUGCCAGCCGUACUGACACUGCUACUGCCUACAAAGAGGUCACACAGGCUGCCUGUGGUCGUUUCCACUGGUUUGGAGAGACAGGUAUUUAUGAGAGUGAUGAUAUCAAUGCCAUCGUAUCUGAGAUAGAAAAAGCCCUCAACUACUCCCAAAAGUGUGCCUUCCUUGUUGCCUCCCUGAAGAACCAUUCAGGAAAAGAACUGCAAAGUGGAGCCCUCGAGAAAGACAAGCCAAAGACUCAACAGCAAAGUCAGCCCAAGAAACUCUAUCCUCCCAAGCCCACAGCCCCCUCGGUGGCCAGAAUGAGCGUUAAAGAUGACCUGGAUGGAGACACAAGCUCCCAGCUGAAAGCUCUGAAGUGUCACUCCCUCGAUGCUGCAGCUCAACCUGGGAAAGAAAGGAUAGUGGAACAGAGGACGAAGGCCAACACCAGACCAAAAGCAAAGCUCUUUCUGUUCUACACAGAGUCUGAGAAUAGUGUGGGUUCGGUGUACAAGAGGUACACUCAAGGAAAACCUAUUAGAAGAAUUAAUUCUUCCAUUGAGCUGCCCAGGAAGGACACUGUUUGCUCAAGUCAAGAGUGGACAGCCAUUUGCAGGCUGAAGAGACGGAAACUGGAGCUCUCCAAAUGCCUUGGUCCCAACUGUAGCUAUCAAAAGUCAGUACGGGGGCCGGCGCUGACCAAACACUGCACUCUCUUCCCCAGUAUAGAGAUCAAUGGAGUAGUGAGACACAUCCAGUGGACACUGUGGGAAAUGGAGGCAUACAUCACAUGCAUGGAGAAGGUGAUGAGGUGCUAUGUGCAGAGACUGCACUGGCUGCUGUCUGGGAGCCGCAGGCUGUUUGGCACCAUAUUGGAAAGCAAUGUGUGCAUCCUGCUGGAUACCUCAGGGUCCAUGAGCCCCCACUUGCAGUGGAUGAAGACAGAGCUUGUUCUACUGAUUUGGGAACAGCUGAGGAAGCACUGUGACCGUUUUAACCUGGUCAGCUUUGCAAAGGAUCUACAGCUCUGGCAGAACACUCUAGUGGAAAGCACAGAGACGGCGUGUCACGAGGCUAUGCAGUGGGUGGCCCACCUGCAAGCCCAGGGGAGUACCUCAGUCUUAGAAGCUUUAAUGAAAGCCUUCAGCUUUCAAGAUGUCCAAGGACUGUAUCUCCUGACUGAUGGGAAGCCAGACACAAGCUGCAGCCUCAUACUCAACACUGUCCAAAAGUUCCAGAAGGAGAGAGGCGUGAAGGUGCAUACUAUCUCUCUGACCAGCACAGACAGAGCAGCAAUUGAGUUCCUGAGGAAGCUGGCUUCUCUCAGUGGGGGACGUUACCACUGCCCUGUUAAGGAUGAGGCCCUCAGCGGGAUUCAAGGCUUGCUCACCAGAGGCUUCAUCAUGGAAAGGGAUCCCAAGUUGCCACUAUUUGAAGGUGAUGACUUGAAGAUACUGGCUGAGGAGUUCACCAAAGCUAGAAACCUCCUCAAGCAAGCCCAGGUCUUCAGAUCCCAGCUCCUAAAGAAAGAUAACAUGAAAUCAAAGUUUACUUCCUGCUAG